AUGUCCCCCGACCCUGCAGCGCUGGGGGAGGGUGGCACAGGAGUGGUGUGCGGCCUGCUGUGUCCCGGCCGUGGGCCCCCGCCCAGGGUGCAGCUGGGUGGGCGCCACCAUGCCGGGAUUUUCGGCUCGCUGACCCUGAAAGUCAUUUCCCACCAGGAGCCAGUCGCGUCACUGCCCCCGCAGUGGCGUCACCAGCUUUUGAGCACCAACCGCUCCGUCCUCUUCUUUGGCCACCGUGGCUUCCUGGGCUUCCGCUCCCUCUACCUGGAUGAGUACCGUGACCGGCUCUUCAUCGGGGGGAAGGAUGUGCUCUACUCCCUGCUCCUGGACGGGGCCAGCGCAGACGCCAAGGAGAUCUACUGGCCGCCCCUCCCUGGGCAGACGGAGGAGUGUUUUCGGAAGGGGAAGGACCCGGGGACCGACUGUGCCAACUACAUCCGCGUGCUGCACCCCUACAACCGGACACACUUGCUGGUCUGCGGGACGGGCGCCUUCCACCCCGUCUGCGCCUUCGUCUACGUGGGGCAGCGCGGCGAGCACACCUUCAGCCUGGACCCCGACAGCGUGGAGACCGGCCGGGGCAGGUGCCCGCAUGAGCCCAGCCGCGCUUUUGCCAGCACCGUCAUCGGCGGGGAGUUGUACACUGGCCUCACCGCAGAUUUCUUGGGCCGCGAUCCUGGCAUCUUCCGCAGCACGGGGACCCGCUCUGCCUUGCGCACUGAGGUGGACCAGCGCUUACUCAAUGACCCCAAAUUUGUGGCAGCCCACUUGAUCCCGGACAACGAUGACCGGGACAACGACAAAGCCUAUUUCUUCUUCACGGAGAAGGUGGUGGAGGCAGACAGCAAGGAGCACGCCAUCGUCAGCCGGGUGGCGCGGGUCUGUGUGAACGAUGCUGGAGGCCAGAGGGUGCUGGUCAACAAGUGGAGUACCUUCAACAAAGCCCGGCUAGUGUGCUCCGUCCCUGGCCCUGGUGGCAUCGACACCCACUUCGAUGAGCUGGAGGAUGUCUUCUUGCUGAGGACGAGGGAUGGGAAAAGCCCAGAGGUUUACGCCCUCUUCAGCACCAUCAGCCAUGUCUUCCAGGGCUCUGCCAUCUGUGUGUACCGCAUGGCCGACAUCCGGGAGGUCUUCAACGGGCCCUUUGCGCACCGGGAGAGCCCCCACCACCAGUGGGGCCCCUACGAGGGCAAAGUGCCCUACCCACGGCCAGGCGUGUGUCCCAGCAAGACCACUAACCAGCCCCGGCGGCAGUAUGGCACCACCAAGGACUUCCCCGACGAGGUGCUGCACUUCGCCCGCGCUCACCCCCUCAUGUACAAGCCCGUGUACCCCCGGCACCGCCGGCCCAUCCUUGUGAAGACCGACCUGCCCCACCGCCUGCGCCAGCUUGUGGUGGACCGGGUGGAGGCCGAGGACGGGCAGCACGACGUCCUCUUCCUUGGGACAGACGCCGGCUCGGUGCUGAAGGUGGUGGUCCUGCAGAAGACAAGCUUGGCCGUGACCGAGGAAGUUGUCCUGGAGGAGCUGCAGGUUUUUAAGGCGCCUGUGCCCAUCACCCAGAUGGAGAUCUCCGUCAAGCGGCAAACGCUCUACGUGGGCUCCAGCCUGGGGGUGGCCCAGGUACGGCUGCAUCGGUGCGAGACCUACGGCACUGCUUGUGCUGAAUGCUGCCUGGCCAGGGACCCCUACUGCUCCUGGGAUGGCACCGCCUGCACCCGCUACCAGCCCUCUGGCAAGCGCCGCUACCGCCGCCAGGACAUCCACCAUGGCAACCCUGUGAACCAGUGUCUGGACCAGAACCUGACCGUGGAUGAUUUUGAGAACGUUGAGGAGAAGGUGCUUUAUGGGGCGGAGGACAACAGCACCUUCCUGGAGUGCACACCCCGAUCCCCUCAGGCCAGCGUGCAGUGGUUCGUCCAGAGACCUCCCGACGAGCAGCGGGAUGAGGUGAAGACGGAUGAGCGGAUCCUGCAGACGGAGCAAGGGCUGCUCUUCCGCAAGCUGCACCGCCACGACGCCGGCAUCUACUACUGCAAGACGCUGGAGCACGGCUUCACCCAGACGGUAGCCAAGACAGCCUUGGAGGUGAUCACCAGCGAGCAGCUGGCACAUACCUUCCCCCGGGAACGGGGGGAUGAGCCCCCGCGCCUGCCUUGCCCUGACCCUCGGAUGGCGCUGCAGGCUCCCAAAACCUGGUUCAAGGACAUCAUGCACCUCAUCAGCUCCCAAAAUCUGCGGCGCGUGGAUGAGUAUUGCACCCGCCUCUGGUGUGGCCGCCCCCACCACCGCAAGAGCAAGCUGGCUCAGACCAAGCAUGCCCUGGCCAGCGUGGAUGUGGGCAAGAAGGGACGGGUGGCCAAAUCCCAUGGCGAGAGGAACCGUGUGCCCCGGCAAGCGGCAGCCACUUAG